UCCCACGAUCCAUGCCAGCGCCCUCCAAUUCCUCCCAUGAUCCCCCACCAGCGCCCCGGCAACCUCUCGAUCCAUCGCCUACUGCCGCCUCCCUGGCUCCGGUGCGGCUCCCGCCGCUAGCCCCACGGCCCCGGUGUGCUUCCCGCUGCUGCGUCCCUCGGCCCCGAUGCGCCCCCGCCGCCGCCCACCCUGUCCCCGACGAGCCUAUAUCCGCCGCCCCCCGCCGCGCCUCCUGCUGCCUCCCUCGACCUGCUUCGACGACGGCGCCGACCACCUCCACCUUCUUCCACUGCUGCACCAGCCACCGCUACCUUCUUCCACCAUGGCGUCGGCCACCCCCUCCUUCCACCGUGCCGCCGACCACCUCCGUCGUCGCUCUCCACCCCGACCACCUCCGCCAGUGCGGCCAGACCUCGCCCCUUUCCGGCUCGACCUUCCCCCCUUCCUACGCGACCUGCCACGCGCCGCUGCCUGCAUCUCGUCGUUGUUAUGCGUCAUGGAGAACCCACCUGCGGUCUGCACCCUACGCCUCCCCGAGGAUGCCGCCGGCAAAGCUCAGGCACCGCUCUCCCGGUGGGGAUUCGUCCAUGUCGCGUGUAGGCAGACGCGAACCACCUCGCAUGCCACGCUGGCCACAUCCAUCUCGCGGCGACCAACGCGAGGCCGAGGCGACCGUGGCAAACACAGUCCGGAUCACAUCUCCUUCAUCUUAAACCGACAGCAUCGAACCCAUUUUUGGUUCCUCUUCCAGCAGCAGCCGCUGCCCAAGUUCGGAAUUCUGGAUGGCGACCGCGCCUCCUUGUUCAGAAGUCCAGGUUGUUCAAGCGGCGCGGGCCAACGUGCACACUCAACUCUGCAGUGCCUGAGAAGCCACAUGAGUCUCUGGCCUAGGAAGAGAUGGAGAAGGGGCUCAAAAAGCUGCUUUCUAGGGAUGCAAUGAAGUUCUUUAACCAGGUCAUAGUUGAGCAGCUCCUGCUCCCGUUCCCUCAUCCCGCUUGGCAUGUUCCAUACAUGCAUUGUUCUUGGUGGAAUUGCUCAACACACGAAGGAGCUAAUACUACAAAGCGUUUCACUUAACUAGUCACUUCAACUUGUAGUCGUUCAUGUACACAAGCUGUUUUUGUAUAUGUCUCAAACAAAAAAGUGUGUUUUUUGUAACAUUUUACCCUGUCUCGUUGCACCUCUCUCUUUGGUUAUAGGAUAAGUUCAUAUAUAGCGACAACAGAAAAGUUCAUGUCAGAAAAAUUGAAGUCCAUCUAUAUGGAAGUUGAUAAUUGUUGUGUGUAUGCAGGGGAGCACAAAAAAACUUGUAGCUGAUAAAUUUUCCUUUUGUUUAGCUGCAGCAAUCUUUCUUGAUGCCUGCUCUU